GGCAUUGAAAACAUUACCAUUAUAAUUAACGUUUGCCGUUGACAUGUCGAUGGAACAUUUUUAAGCGCAAGACAAAACAUACCGCCGGACAAAAUAGCAAUAAUUUUUCAAUAAUAACAGUUUCAAAGUGGAAAGUGUGUGUUUAACAUUCGGGGAAAUCACCGAGAUAGAGUAAAUAAAAAACUAUUCCGUCCGAAUGUUCAAGGCGAAAAUGACGAUAUUGUAUACAUGAAACAAAAACAAUCAACGAUUUAAAAAUGGUUAUCUUCCUUCAAAGUUUCACAGCAAUAAUAAUCAUCCUUGCAUCUGCGACAGCGAUAAAGCAAGACGAUGAUUUAUUUGCGAUGCGUAAUUCAGUUAAUUGGAACGAUUCGACGACGUCGAAAUUUAUCUGCAUUUCGAAAGACAACGAUGCGGCAUUGGUCUGGAAUUACAAUUAUAAAAUGAAGAAUUCCGAAGGUGGACGGAUUCUUUCAACGGAUUUCAAUCCGAGAAAACCGAUACGAAAAGACGUCGCGAAUUGUGCGGCAUGGAAUUCGACGCAGUGCGCAGCGGAAUGGGAGAAAAAAGGUGAUUGGAACGUUGUCGACUCGAUCGUCGAACCAAUGGGUCCUGUUUACGAUUAUCGAUGGGAAGAUUUCAACGAAUUGGCAUUCGAUGACGUUGGGAAAAGUCAGGAAUAUCGUUACGUAGCAGCGUUUAACGAGUCUACGGAUAUGGUGGUUUUCUCAGUCCGAGGAUCGGGAAACGUGGACUUGCGUUUGUGCGGUAAUGAAAACCCGAUUGGAAAUUCAUGUUUACAAAUAAUCGUUGGAGGCUCGGAUAUGAAAGAAUCCGCAAUUUUGUCAUGCGUCGACGUAGCGAUGGAGCUCAGGCUGCAAUCAAGACCAAAAACCUGCACAACUUUGGCCAACGUCGAGCACGAGUUAGCCAUCGUCGAUGAAUACGAAUGGCGUACAUUCAGAGUUAAAUGGAACAGAGAUGACCGAAAAACGAUCAAAGUUUUCAAGGAGACCGAGAUUGAGCCAUUCAUGGAAGGUAAUCUCGAUCAGCGGUACACAGUUUAUCACUUGUCAGUGAAAAGUGACUUAGGAACACUCAUUCGAUUCCACUUCUAUGAGUAUCUCUCGACGAGAGAGAAGAACGCGAUUAUAUCGACGACUGAAUUCGAUAAAUACGAUAAAAAUAUCUGCAUUAAACUUGUUGUCGGUCUUUGCUCCGAGUGUCAGCUGAAAGUAACCGUGGUAGAUUCAAACGGUGAUGAAUUACCUGUAGGAAUAAUUCAUGGAAGCGAAAACUUUCUCAACGAUGCGACACUCUUCUGGAAACCGAUGAAACUGACCACAAAAUUGCCGCUCAAUAUUUCGCAGCGAUUGAAAAUCCAAUUGAAAACUAUUACUGAAAAGUAUCAAAGCAAGGGACACUGGGCAAUGGACAAUUUACGAAUGUGCGAGUCGGCUGAUGUUGCGAGAGAAUCGACCGUGACGAUGCAUGGAGAAAUUGGUUCGCCUUUCUUGCCCAAAAUAAAAUGUCAAAAAUUAUCUUACACCAGAAGUGAGACACUUGAUUUGUCGUCCACUAUACGCGACCGAGAUGAUAAAAAAUCUGUGAAACCGACCGUUGCGAACUCAACAGCGGUACUUCCAAACACGACACUAGAGACAAAUUUAGAGUCUAUGAGCCCCAUCUUAAUAAUGAAGAAAAUGAAGAAGACGUCGAGAUCUAUGGGAUACUUCGAACUAAAGUCAAAAAGGUCAUCCUUUCCGCCAGAGGGCUUAGAAGCAGUAUCGGAAUACCAAACCAGUGUGACGCUUCGGAAGAAAUCUUCGUCUUCUACAAAUGGUAACAAACGACAGCGGCGAAGUGACACGGGUGAACCGACAAAAAUUGAAAAUUUGAGGGCGACAGGGAUAUCCGAGACGAAUGUUACACUUCAGUGGGAUCCUCCAUCCUCUACGAAUAAAAGCAUACAAUACAAAGUUACAGUCAAGGUGGAUAAGUUCUUGGGUUGCUCGGACCGAAACGAAUCGUCACCUUCCAAAGAGGACAUGCGAAUGGUACCGAAACCGGAAGCAAUCUUCGCACGUUUGCACCCUUAUACGAAUUAUACAACGACAGUGAUUGCGUGCAUUGGUGAGCUUAAAGAAAUAAAAGGGGAACUCAAUUUCACAACCGAUCAAAGGGAUAUUCCCACCGAAACCGUUCAGAAUCUACGUUACGAAGGAGGUGACGAAGUUCUGAAAUGGGAUGCGCCGGAUUGUGCUAAUAUGACAGGUCCUUGGGCAGAAACACGCUUGUCAUUUUCAGAAGAAGCCCAAGAGAUAACAUCAGAGCGUGUUCCAUCGAACAAAUUUCAGAUUGAAUCGACCAAUGUUGCCGACCUGGGCUCAUACAAAACUUACAAAGUUCGUGCCUACAUCGUAAGAUCUACCGAGGCAUCUAGCGAUGGUGCUGCACAAAGCACGGAGAUAUCUUUCACAACGCCGGCAUCACGUCCAGGAAAGGUGGAUGAGAUGGGAUCGUUCGACGUUAACGUCGAACAACGUACCGUUUCUUUAUGGUGGAACUUACCUUUUCCGCUCAAUGGUGAAGUUGAAUCCUACCACAUCAAAAUCUACCAGCAAAAAGAUCAUGUGACGCUGUUAAACGAAAUAUACGAAACUCCGGUACAAGUAUCAAAGUGUAGGCUGUCGGAAAAAUCGGUAUGCUUGGAAAAUGUUGAACUUCGAACAAACUUUUCAGUCCAGCUCGAUGCGCAGAUCCGGGCGAAAAACAAGGACGUGUCGUCGCUUGGACUAGUUGCAACCCACAAAGUUUUGGAGAGCGAUUGGCGCACCGCCGAACUCACGCGGCCGGAGCAUUUGGACCAGAUCAUAGGGGAUGAUGGAAUAGUGACGGUGAUGUGGAAACAUCCGCCACUGCCCAAGUUCAAAAUCACACGAUUCGAAGUCAAAGCUGAGCUCCUGGAAUCGACGCUAUUGAAUACUAAUAGUAAAAGCCAAAACACUACAACUGCGAAUUAUCCCGUAAAACAGGAACAGAAAACAUACAAUACGUCGCUUCGCCUUAGAACCUCGUCGAGAUAUCAAAUUGUAGUGACAGCAACGAAUGAGAAGAAUCCUUCCAGCGGGAUAGUAGAUUCGUAUAAUAUUACAAUCCCUUUCAAACCCGGCUUUGCAUCCGGAGAAAUACCUAGAGCUGAAUGUAAGGGAAGUGACAUAGAAGUCGUGAUUCCGGCAAUACUUAAUGCCACGCAAAGUACAACAGUCUUUAUAAACGCUGUGAGAGUGAUCAAGAAGGGGAACAUUCAGACGGAUAUAGAAAACGUUUCUCUCAACUAUACGGUGAACCGCAGCGAACCUCGUCACUUCAGUUUAAACUUCAGCCAGAAAUACAACAUCACGGAGAGCUCUGCCGAAACCGAAGAAUUUCGAAUCGACGUCUGCGCAACAGAUACCGACACUGGCGACAACACCACCCUCGAAACUAUCGAACAAUUUACUUGCGAUUCUGCCAAUCCUACGACAACCGGUGAAAAUCCGCCUUCGGCAUUUGCUGCUGUAGUGAUUCUUCUCAUCGUAGUAGCUAUACUGCUAGUGUCAUUUCUGGUUUGGUACCGAAAAUUCAGGCAACCUACAAAAGGCAAAACCUGUCUGGAUAAUGAGCCGCUCAGACCACGAUCAACGGUGCGUGAUAACUUCAAGUCUUCUUGGUCCUCGGAUGAUUCAACACGUCCGGCUAGUCUGUCGGAAAUUCGAAUAUCAAUGCAACAGAAGGUACCUGAUCCAGCAACGCACAAUCCCCAUUCGUGCCCCGUAAAAGUCGAGGAAUUUGAAAAGUACGCAAAGGAAGCCUUAUCAAUCGGAUUGCUGGAUAAACAGUACACGGAGUUUGAAAAAGGGCUACAAAAAUCGUGUGGCUGUGGCUCCCUACCAGAAAAUAUGACCAAAAACAGAUACAAGAAUCAGAUAGCAUAUGACGAGACGCGAAUCGUGCUAAAGAAGCUUGACGCUGAUCCCUAUUCCGACUACAUCAACGCCAAUUACAUUCAGGGAUAUCAGAAUCCGAGAGCUUACAUAGCGACGCAGGGACCGUUGAAGGCAACGGUGAGAGAUUUCUGGAGGAUGGUUUGGCAGGAAAACGUGAGCGUGAUAUGCAUGUUGGCGAAUACGGUCGAGCGAGGAAAGAAAAAGUGCGAAGAAUACUGGCCGAACGUUGAAGGAACGAAUAAAAAGUGCGGUGACAUUUUGAUCAGAAACACAGACGCGGAUGUGUUUGCCGACUACACAUUCCGGACACUUCUCCUCACUUGCAGGGGUGAAAAACGCACGGUGACUCACCUCCAUUAUACCGGAUGGCCGGAUCACGGGGUACCGAUGUACACCCAAUCGCUCGUCGCCUACCUCAACAAACUCCUUGGAACGAAUCGAGACAAGGGUCCGGUCGUUGUUCACUGCAGUGCCGGAGUCGGUCGGACCGGAACGAUCAUUUUAUGCGACAUCUGCCUGCAGCAGGCGGCAGUUGAGAAGAAGAUCGACGCACCAGCGGUUGUAAUGAGAAUGCGCGAGGGUCGUGCGAAUAUGGUGGACAGUGCGCAACAGUACAUGUUGGCACAUUUGGCAAUACUUGAGUGCAUGAUCGCGGCACAGACUCAAGUCCCAUGUAGCUAUGAUUUACCGGAUAGAGUAAAGGAACUUAGAAAACAAUUGACGUCCGAUUUGGGAAGGCUUAACGAUACCGUUUGGCAGGACCGAGUGCUGCAUGCUUUGGCUUCACCGCCGCCAGAUUCGCCGUGGGUUUCAGGUGAGAAUGAAGCAUCGCAGGGUAUCGGUAACGAGAACGAUUUCAUUAAUCCCGUAAUCGUCGACGGUGUGAAAAUGAAAAGUCAAUACCUGGCAUCCCGGCUACCGUCGCCAUCCACAGUUUCUUAUUACUGGCAACUGGUUGCCAUGAACAACCUUGAACUUAUAGUAACAUUGCAAUGCCCCGCUCGAGGGAGUUCGACAUACUGCGACAUCGUGUCGGAUGAAUUCGUCUUCUUCCCAACGACGGACAUAAAAGUGGAAAAGAAAUCAAAUACCGAGAGCGAACAUUUCACAAUUGAUAAACUUAUUCUUACCGACACCUCCUCCAAGGAGGAAGCCAAAAUUCUACCAGUAACCGUCCUCACCUGCAAAGGAUGGAAAUGUGACCGAAUGAGAAAACCGCCCGUUGUUACAGCGUUGGUAUCUCUUUGGCGAGAGUCGGAAAAAAUACGUCGAAACGUGGCACCGAGUUUGGUACUUUGUCAGGACGGCGUAACCGCUUGCGGCCUGUACCUGGCGCUUAGUUUUCUACUUGAACGAAUGGCCGUGGAGAGAGAAUGCGACGUCAUUUCAGCCGUUCGAGCGGUUCGACGAUCCAGACCUAAAUUUGUACAAUCACUGGAACAAUUCAACUACCUCUACGACGCGGCAAUAAAUUACCACGAGAGCUUUGCCACCUACGCCAAUUUUUCGUAACUCAAUAUACCAAACAGUAUGAAGCUGAUAUUGUAUCUCGGACAAAUUUCACAACCGUAUUUUGUACGUAGCAUAUUAAUAAAAUAAAUUUCCUUCGAUGACGAUUCUUAGAUCUGGUAUCACGGUAUAAUUAUUAUCAAUUCCAGUAUUAUUAUUGUACACUAAUUAUGGUUGUUGUUAUUAUUAUUACUAUCAUUACUAUUGUUGUAAGCCAGAGUAAUUAGUCAUAUUCUUCGAGUGAUAAUUAUUUUUCUAUUUCUUACACUGAAAAACUUUGAAUAAAAACUAAGAUCAACGAAAGCC